AACUACAACACCAAUUCCAACAACAACUAUAACACCAACCCCAACAACAACUACAACACCAACUCCAACAACAACUACAACACCUUCCCCUACAACAACUCCAACAACAACUAUAAGACCAACAACAACCGCAACAACAACUACGACACCAAGCCCGACAACAACAACAACACCAACUCCAACAACAACUACAACACCUUCCCCUACAACAACCACAACUCCAGCAACAACUCCAAUACCAACAACAACACCAACACCGACUCCAACAACAACUAUAACACCAACACCAACAACAACUACAACACCAACUACAACACCAACUGAAACAACAACACCAACCCUGACAACAACUACAACACCAACACCAACAACAACACCUUCCCCUACAACAACAACAACUCCAACAACAACUCCAUUACCAACAACAACACCAACACCGACUCCAACAACAACUAUAACACCAACAACAACUACAACACCAACUGAAACAACAACUACAACACCAACCACGACAACAACUACAACACCAACUCCAACAACAACUACAACACCAAAAACAACACCAACUGCAACCACAACUACAACACCAACUCCAACAACAACUACAACACCUUCACCUACAACAACUCCAACAACAACUACAACACCAACCCCGACAACAACAACACCAACUACAACACCAACCCCGACAACAACUACAACACCAACACCUUCCCCUACAACAACUACAACUCCAACAACAACUACAACGGCAACAACAACUACAACACCUUCCCCUACACCAACUACAACUAUAACACCAACAACAACUACAACAACAACACCAACUCCAACAACAACUAUAACACCAACACCAACCCCGACAACAACAACAACUCCAAUAACAACUACAACUGCAACAACAACUACAACACCUUCCCCUACAACAACUACAACUAUAACACCAACAACAACUACAAAUCCAACUGAAACAACAACUACAACACCAACCCCGACAACCACAACAACUACGACACCAAGCCUGACAACAACAACAACAACACCAACUCAAACAACAACUACAACACCUACAACUCCAAUAACAACUACAACUGCAACAACAACUACAACACCUUCCCCUACAACAACAACAACUCCAACAACAACUCCAAUAACAACUACAACAACAACACCAACUCCAACAACAACUUUAACACCAACACCAACCCCGACAACAACAACAACUCCAAUAACAACUACAACUGCAACAACAACUACAACACCUUCCCCUACAACAACUACAACUAUAACACCAACAACAACUACAACACCAACUGAAACAACAACUACAACACCAACCCCGACAACCACAACAACUACGACACCAAGCCUGACAACAACAACAACAACACCAACUCAAACAACAACUACAACACCUUCCCCUACAACAACAACAACUCCAACAACAACUCCAAUAACAACACCAACAACAACACCAACUCCAACAACAACUAUAACACCAACCCCAACACCAACCCCGACAACAACAACAACUCCAAUAACAACUACAACUGCAACAACAACUACAACACCUUCCCCUACAACAACUACAACAACAACACCAACUCCAACAACAAC